UUAUAAGCUUUUACUAAGUGCAAUAAGUUAAAAUACUUUUGUUUUAAUGUACAGAUUGAAAAAGUCUUAUUUUUAUGUGUAAAUUAUUAACAACAAACCGUGGAAUAGUGAUUUAGACUAUCUGAAAAUUUUGUCGUCGAACAGGUGUUUUUGAAUGAAAUGUGUGCUAAGGUUCCCACCGUAAUUAAUUUAUAGUGUCGUGAAUAAUACAAAAGUGUAUCGAUCGCAUGAUAGUAGCUUGGGGAAGCCGACUUCCCAUAUUUCUACAUACGUGUUGUUGUUACCCAGUGUAUUAAAAUUCAGAUAAAGGACGCCGCUCAAUACCCUGGGCCUGUUUUGCCAGCAUUAGGCAAUGCUCUGCAGUAGUAGAUGGACCGUCAUAUCCAGAUAGUGAUAUGGGAAGGGCAACAUGGUGGGCCCAUUUAACAGCCGAUACAUUAUGAAGCGUGGUACAUGGUGAGGUGGAGCCGUGGCGAGUAUGCCGCACCAGUACGGCGCGGGCGCGGGCGGCAUGGCACAGGGGCCGCCGUCGCCCCCGCCGCAGCACGGCGCGCUUUACCCGCGCUAUGCCAACGCCGCAGGCCCUGGUGCCGGAGCUUACCGCCCCGAAGAGCGUCGUCUGACUCGCGAGGCGAUGGAACGAUACCUUCGCGACCGUUCGGAUAUGGUGGUGGUAAUUUUGCACGCUAAAGUGGCCCAAAAAUCGUAUGGUAAUGAGAAGCGUUUCUUCUGCCCUCCUCCUUGUAUUUAUUUGUUUGGGGAUGGAUGGCGACUGCGACGUGAGCGCAUGCUGCGUGAGGGCGAGACUGAGCAGGCGGCGCAGCUUUGCGCCUUCAUUGGUAUAGGCAAUUCUGACCAAGAUAUGCAACAGCUUGACUUAAAUAAUGGUAAACAGUACUGUGCCGCUAAGACUUUGUACAUAUCAGAUUCAGAUAAACGUAAACAUUUCAUGCUAUCUGUUAAAAUGUUCUAUGGAAAUGGCCAUGAUAUAGGAAUUUUUAACAGUAAAAGGAUUAAAGUGAUAUCAAAGCCAUCUAAAAAGAAACAAUCACUGAAAAAUGCUGACUUGUGUAUUGCUAGUGGGACAAAGGUGGCUCUUUUCAACCGACUCAGGUCACAAACUGUUUCAACGAGGUACCUUCAUGUUGAAAAUGGUAAUUUCCAUGCAUCAUCAACACAGUGGGGAGCGUUUACUAUUCAUUUACUGGACGAUAAUGAGAGUGAAUCAGAAGAGUUUGCAGUAAGAGAUGGAUAUGUCCACUAUGGUUCUACAGUGAAACUGGUCUGUUCAGUGACAGGCAUGGCACUGCCUCGGCUCAUUAUAAGAAAGGUGGACAAACAAAUGGCACUUUUAGAAGCGGAUGAUCCUGUUUCGCAACUACAUAAAUGCGCAUUCUACAUGAAGGACACAGAGCGAAUGUACCUCUGCCUCUCCCAAGAGCGUAUCAUACAGUUCCAGGCGACACCAUGCCCCAAAGAGCCAAAUAAGGAAAUGAUCAAUGACGGCGCUUGUUGGACGAUCAUAUCAACCGAUAAGGCUGAAUACCAGUUCUAUGAAGGCAUGGGACCUGUCAGGUCCCCAGUGACGCCUGUCCCUCUGGUACACUCAUUGAACCUAAAUGGCGGCGGUGACGUGGCUAUGCUGGAACUAGCCGGGGACAACUUUACCCCUUCUCUGCAGGUGUGGUUCGGCGAUGUGGAAGCGGAGACGAUGUACCGAUGUGCCGAGUCGAUGCUCUGUGUGGUGCCGGACAUAUCGCAGUUUAGGGGCCAGUGGUUGUGGGUGCGACAGCCUACGCAGGUACCUGUGUCGUUGGUGAGGAACGAUGGCAUCAUAUACGCUACAGGGCUCACGUUCACAUACACCCCAGAGCCGGGCCCUCGGCCGGUAUGCCCACCCGUGGAUGACGUGAUGCGGCCCGACCAGGCGGCCAACUGGCACCACGACGCCCACAACAGCCACCGGCUCACCGACACGAGCCUUCAAUAGCCAAUGGACUGCAGGCUGGGAGACGACAGCCUGCAGUAGUCACAGAGUAUCGAAACUUGACAGAGUGUCAGUCAGUGUCUCUAUAAGCAGUCAAUCUGGAAAGUGGUAACCUUAGACAUGAAUAAUUCGAAUAACAAUGUUGUUUUUCACUACACUUAAGGGAUUGUUACGCCGUCAUUAUAAUAGUUUUUUUUAGUGCAAGCAAUGCAUAAUUUUUUAUAAUAGGCGUCGAAAGUUUUGUUUUUUUUUUUUCUUCAUUUAAACGUAAUAUAAGUUACUUGAAAUGAAAAAAAAACUGUAGUGGUCAACUGUAGAGUUAGCGGAAUGUUAGAUGUGAAAUAGUACACAUCCAGACUUUUUAAAAUUUUUGUUUCUCUGUCUAUUUGUACGGGCUAAUCUCCGAAACUGUUGGACUGAUUUAGGCGAAAUUUUGCAUGGUGAUAUCUUAUAUCCCCGGUCAAUAUUUUAGAUACUUUUAAUGACGGAAAUUUAAAGAGUUCCCGUGGGAUAGUUAAAAACUAUAGUAACUUAUACAACUUAGUACACAACCUACUUAAGUAAAGACAUUUACUUAAAUAAGUCCAGUACUCCCAGACAUAAUAAAUAGGUAGGUACAUACAUUGAUACAUACUAAACACGAAUAUUAUAUAUAUAAAUAGGACAAUGUCGUGGGCAUCAGCUAAUUAAAAUAUAUAUAUAUAUAUAUAUAUAUAUAUAUAUAUAUAUAUAUAUAUAUAUAUAUAUAUAUAUAUAUAUAUAUAUAUAUAUAUAUAUAUUUUAUAUAAUUAAUAAUUUCCUAUAUAACUUUAUUUAUAAUUAGGUACAUUAUACAUUUUACAUACGUCUGGAGUUAAUUUUGCCUAUUUCCCUUUUUUCUAUAAAUGUCUUUGUUUUGAUUCUGUUCACUAUCUCUGGAGUUAAAAGUAGUAUCGAAACAUCUUCAUAUUUUUGAGAAUAUAUGACUUCAAAGAUGCCGCUCUAAUCUAUAUAUGUAUAUAGGAUCAAGUUUAGAUAAAGUUUUACGAACGAAAAUUCCAAUGCAUUUUGUUCUAAACUGCCUAAAAGAUUUUAAGGCAUUUUUUUUACAAUUUUUUACAUUAUAUUUUGUCAUAAAUACAGACUUAUUAUAGAAUAGUAUAUAUAUAGUGGAUAUAUGGAGAUGGAUAAUGUAUAUAGUAUAAUCUGUAUUUAUGAUUAAGUUAUACACUUAUAAUAUGGUUAUGUAAUAACCCCAUUAUUUUUCCAAAUUAUUCGCCUUAUUCAUGUUAAUAGGCGAACAAUAAUCACUAUUUGAAAAGCUUACACUCUGUGGGUAAAAUACUCUGUGGUAAAGUGUCGCAACUAGAUAGACAUUCGCGCGUGUGUAUUUGAAGUGUUGAAUUCACAGUGAAUUCCAGUAUAUGGACAUUGGUGAGUGAUUUGAUGACGUAAUUAUACAUAAUUUUAUUAUAGUGCCUAAUCUCUAUUCAUUAUGACACGAUUAACAAGUACAUAUAUGCGGGCCAUAGGACCAAAAUAACGUUUUAAGAAGGUUUACAAACGUAAAAUCGGCAACUUUAUAGUUUAUUAAAUUUUAAACGAUCUAUGUAUUUAUAUGUAUUUUUAAAGAUUUUGUUUUACAUUAAAACAAAUUUAAUCAUGGUGAAAUUAAUAUGAGAUUAAAAAUUGAUCCAGAAUUAUGUGUGAACAUAUGAUGUAAUCUACCACCACUAGCCUACAAAAAAUAGUGAUGGAUUGAAACCUUUUUGAAAUUACAUAAAUAUAAAUUUUAUAGUGCAUUGAAACUGUGACAUUUUAUUAAUAAUCAAACUUUAUUAACGAAAUAAACGUAACAUUGGGACCAUUGUAAAAGUAAACUCUUAAGAAAAAAAAAGUCUGUUCUCAAUUUGCAAAGGUGUCGCGUAACAAUAAUAAAAAAGUACAUACGUACAUAAUAGUUACACCAGCGUCAACAUUACACCAGCCAGUAUUAACCUUUUUAAUACCGCCUUAUAGAUUCCAUAGAUAAUAAAAUAAAGUGCAGAGAGAAAAAAAUCAUGUCACAAUGAAUAGACUAUUGAAAGCUUUAUUACGUUAAGGAUCCCUAAUGCGAGUAUAUUUACUUGUAAAAAAUAGAGAUCAAAUGGCGAACAAUGGAAUGAAACCGUUGUGUCCUUAUUAGGUCCUGUGCAGAAGAUUAAAUAUGAACGUAGAAUUGUAUUGUAUAAUGUGCACAGGUCGGUAAUAUGUCCCUAGUGGACACAACGUCGUAAAUCCCAGAAAAUAUCAUCUGCACAGGCCUCUAAUAUACUUCACAAUUAUUGUGUAACACCAAAAUGUACAGUUUUUUUAACUGAAAAAUAAUUCAAACAAUGGAAUUAUGUUUCUUAAAUUACCAUUUGUUAAGAAUAAAAAAUUGCCUACUAUCUGAUAAUUAUGAUUGUCAUAAUUUCAUACAUUUAUUUAUUUAUAAAACAGGGUUUUUUUAUGUAUUGAAUCCCAUUUUGUAUAUCGAAUAUACGAAACUCUGACCGUUAACACUAUACUGCGUCUUGGGUUGCUAAGAGACAAGACGAAAGGGAGAGGCAGAUUGUUCAAAUAAUUAUAGCACAUGAGAUUUCGUCCAUUAAAAAUAAUAAAAUAAGGAGUUUUUUUUUGGGGCUGGGGGGAGGGGUAGGUCUCAUAAAGGAACAUUAUGUAAGAGCUCCGUAUAUAUAUAUUUCUUAGGGUUGGCACCAAACAAUUAUGGGGUGGGUACGGCCUACACGUCCCUCCGCCUCGUAAAUACGUUCACAAUAUUUUACUUAACAAAUACAUAAAGGUAACUAUUGUAAAUCAAUAUCUCAAGAUCUAUAAUACCAAUCUAGUGCUCGUGCUAUAAAAAUUAUUGAUUGUAUACAACUGCUUUCCUUCUGCGUGUACUUCUAACACCUAACCACCACCUAAGACGCAGUACAGUUUUUGCGGUUGAACCAAGUCGUAAUAUUUACCUGCGGAAGUUAUCCAUUAUCAUCAAAGAUCUCUCUCUUUCUCUCUCUCUGCUCUGCUCUUAUAUUCGUUUCUUUGGGGCCAAAUAGCUAUAGUAUCCAUGACAGUCAUUGUUUUUAUCGCUAUUUCGGUUAAUAUUAAGUCUAUUUUAAUGGUUUGGUUGAGGAAUUUUAAGAGAUUGUUUUUGGCGUGAUUUUGAAUUAUAUGUGAUGUGUUUGUACAUUAUUUAGUAUAAUUAGAGAUAUUAUUAUUAGUAAGACGAAAGCCAAAUAAGACCUGUUGGGUACUUGUAUCUCUUAAUAAUUUAAAGUGUCGUCAUCUGUUAUUAUUUUAGUCGAUAUUAUUUUCUAUCAGUGUUUAUUUACCGUUGGUUUGAUGAUAACAGUAUGUCGAUAUGUUGGUGACCCAACGCACACCUAUACCAAUAAGCUUUAUAAUGUAGCGGUGACCAUUUAUGAGACGAAUUGUCACUGUGCGUAUGUAUAUUUAUAUCGAGAUUCGAACAACUUAGUUAAGUAAGUUUUAGUCCAUAGUACGAUAUAAUAUCGUUUUUAAAAACUCUAAAUUUGAAAUUCUAUUUAUUUUAUGCGAGUAAUUUUUUAUGAUGGAUUUAUAGUUUUGAAUUAUGAAAUGUACGUAUUAUAAUAAAAAGAUGUGUGAUUUCAAACAUUCCACAUGGAAAGUGUAAUAAGAAGUACAAAAAAUUACAAUAUUUUUGUAGCGAGACAUUGAACAAUGUGAAUUUACGGAAUUGAUAACAGUAUUACGAAAUUAGCGAAUUAAACACAUUUUAAUCGAUGUGAAACUGAACAGAUGGAAAUUGUAACAGUUAUGUAAUAACUGUUUAAUCAUAUACAGUGAAUAUGCUCUUGAAUUAUUGUUUACAUGUUUCUACGAUUAGAAACGGUCAUAUUAUAUAUGAGGACUAAAUUGAGAGGGAAAACAGUCAAUUCGAAAUAUGAAUAUUUUUAAUAAAAUUGAAUAAAUAUUA